AAGCUGAGAUGCUACCACAGACAGCGGCGCGGCGGCGGCGGCCGCAGCAGCUCCCCGAGCCCAGCCGGCCGCGGGGCGUGCGAGCCGGGACCCAUGGCGACGUCCCGCGCUGCCCGUGCCCUCCUCCUCCUCCUUCUCCUGCUCUGCCUGCCCGGGCUGCGGCGGGGAGCGCGGGGCGGCGGGCAGCGCCCGCGGGGCUGUCCUGCGCCGUGCCGCUGCGAGCAGGAGGGCAUGCUGCUCCGCGCCGACUGCUCCGACCUGGGGCUGACGGCCGUGCCCGCCAACCUCAGCGCCUUCACCUCCUACCUUGAUCUCAGUAUGAACAACAUUACUAAGCUGCCCUCGAACCCCGUGCACAAUCUCCGCUUCCUGGAAGAGCUACGUCUUGCAGGAAAUGGCUUGACAUACAUUCCUAAGGGAGCAUUUGCUGGCCUUUUCAGUCUUAAAGUGCUAAUGCUGCAGAAUAACCAACUACGCCAGGUUCCUACUGAAGCACUCCAGAACUUGCGCAGCCUGCAGUCUCUACGCCUGGAUGCCAACCACAUCAACUAUGUGCCCCCCAACUGCUUCAAUGGCUUGGUCUCCCUUAGACACCUGUGGCUAGACGAUAAUUCUUUGACAGAAAUACCCAUCCAAGCUUUUAGAAGUUUACCAGCGCUUCAGGCAAUGACAUUGGCGCUGAAUAAAAUUCAUUACAUACCGGACUAUGCUUUUGGAAACCUCUCUAGUUUGGUAGUUCUACAUCUCCAUAACAAUAGAAUCUACUCCCUGGGAAAGAAAUGCUUUGAUGGGCUCCACAGCCUAGAGACUUUAGAUUUAAAUUACAACAGUCUGGACGAGUUCCCCACUGCUAUCAGGACACUAACAAACCUAAAAGAACUAGGAUUUCAUAGCAACAACAUCAAGUCAAUACCUGAGCGUGCAUUUGUGGGUAAUCCAUCACUUAUUACAAUACAUUUUUAUGAUAACCCCAUCCAGCUUGUUGGAAAAUCUGCUUUUCAAAACUUACCAGAACUCAGAACUCUGACUCUAAAUGGUGCCUCACAGAUAACUGAGUUUCCUGAUCUGACUGGGACUAAAAGUCUGGAGAGUUUGACACUCACAGGAGCACAGAUCACCUCUCUCCCCAAAUCAGCUUGUGACCAGUUACCUAAUCUCCAAGUGCUAGAUCUGUCUUAUAAUCUGCUGGAAGAUUUACCCUGUUUUACUGCAUGUAAAAAGCUACAAAAAAUUGACUUGCAUCAUAAUGAAAUUGAUGAAAUCAAGGCAGACACGUUCCGGCAGCUGACUUCUCUUCGUUCUCUGGAUUUAGCUUGGAACAAAAUUAAAAUUAUUCACCCCAAUGCCUUCUCCUCUUUACCAUCUCUGAUCAAACUGGAUGUGUCAUCCAACCUUUUGUCCUCUUUUCCUGUGACGGGGCUACAUGGUUUAACUCAUUUAAAAUUAACAGGAAAUCAUGCACUACAAAGUUUGAUAUCAUCUGACAAUUUUCCAGAACUCAAGGUCAUGGAAAUGCCAUAUGCUUAUCAGUGCUGUGCCUUUGGAGCUUGUGAAAGCCACUACAAAAUCUCCAGCCAAUGGAACAAAGAUGAGAAUAGCAGCACUGAUGAUUUUCACAGGAAGGAUAUUGGAUUGUUACAAAUUCAAGAUGAGCGUGACUUUGAAGAUUUUCUUCUCGACUUUGAAGAAGAUUUGAAAGCUCAUCAUUCAGUGCAAUGUUCACCUUCUCCAGGUCCCUUCAAACCAUGUGACCAUCUGUUUGGUAGCUGGCUCAUCAGAAUUGGAGUCUGGACCAUUGUGGGUUUGACCUUCAUUUGCAAUGUACUGGUGACUGCUACAGUUUUCAGAUCCCCAUUGUAUAUGUCCUCCAUAAAGCUUUUGAUUGGUCUAAUAGGUAUUGUAAAUGCCUUGAUGGGUCUUUCCAGUGGAGUACUGGCUAGUGUGGAUGCAUCAACUUUUGGUAGCUUUGCUCAGUACGGAGCACAGUGGGAAAGUGGAAUUGGUUGCCAAAUGACUGGUCUUCUCUCCAUUUUUGCUUCAGAAGCUUCCAUUUUCCUCCUUACCCUAGCUGCGCUUGAACGUGCAUUCUCUAUAAAGCAUGCUACAAAGUUUGAAACAAAAUCCUCUAUCGCUAGUGUAAAAAUUGCCAUUUUCUUUUGCUUUAUGUUGGCACUAGUCAUUGCAGUGAUACCUCUCCUCACUGGGAGUGAGUAUGGGGUUUCUCCACUUUGUUUGCCAUUACCUUUUGGAGAACCCACUGCUAUGGGCUACAUGGUAGCGCUAGUAUUGCUGAACUCACUUUGUUUCCUGGUAAUGACUAUUGCUUAUACAAAGCUCUACUGCAGUUUAGAAAAGGGAGAACUAGACAACAUUUGGGAUUGCUCUAUGGUCAAACAUAUAGCCUUGCUGCUUUUUACUAAUUGCAUUCUUUAUUGCCCUGUGGCCUUCUUAUCUUUUUCCUCCUUACUAAAUCUUACCUUUAUCAGCCCAGAAGUGAUAAAGUCCAUACUGCUGGUGAUUGUCCCACUGCCUGCAUGUCUAAACCCACUCCUUUAUAUAUUGUUCAAUCCACACUUCAAGGAGGACUUGGGAAGUUUGCGAAAGCAAACUUUGUUAUGGAGGAGAUCAAAACAUGCUAGUCUGAUCUCUGUGAAUUCAGAAGACAUAGAAAAACAAUCUUGUGACUCAACACAAGCGCUGGUAACCUUCACAAGUGCUAGCAUAUCAUACGACAUGCCCACCAGCAAUUCACUCAUGCCAUCAUCUUAUCAAAUGACAGAAAGCUGCAAUAUUUCAUCCGUAGCAUUUGUUCCAUGUCGCUAGUUUCAGUGGCAGUGCAGAAAAUAAGUAUGUUUACAAAAAUUUUUAAGCCCGAAAGUAAGUAUGGGUGUGUGUAUUCAAGCUAGAGAUUGCCUCUGAAUUACUGUUACAUGCAUCACAAAACAGAUGAUGACAAAACUUGCAGCAGGCUGAAAAUCCAGUACUUUAGCCUCCUCAGCCAGUUUUGGAGAUGUUGGAAUGAAGAGAAAAACUGAAAGCUGCUGCAGUUUCUGCAGUUGUAUUGGCGGUUCCCUUUUAAAGUAGCACUACUCAGAAAAGGCCAUUGGUCAAGAGCAAAAGUACUGUGCUAAAUUGGUAAGCUUUUUCUUCAACACAUCAGGUGGCAGUUUGUUUCAGAGGUUGUUUUUUUCUUAUUUUUUCCUGCUCAAUAUCGUUUGGUCUUAAUAAUAGAUUUUUCAGUGCCAAGACUGUUUUUAUAAGCAUCUUCAUAUGGCCCUCAUUCAGCAACGUCUCUAAGUGGAAGAGUAGUCCUGUUGGAAAUCCUAAAGGUUUUUGCAGAAUAUACUUCAAUGAAGCUCCGUGUUCAACAGAUAAAGUUCAUUUAAUAAUUUACCUGCUGCUGGGCUUGGUUUUUUAGAACUUUUCUGACAUGACAAAAUAUUUUAAUUGCCAGCAAAAUCUACAAAAUUAAUAUAUAGUAUAAAAGCAGUUAAACAGAAUCCUGCUAAGCACUUAAAAUGGAAUCAUAAAUGGCAAGCCAUUGCUACGUAAAUAUUUUUUUCCUAAGGUUCUGCACAAUCUGGUCAUGAAUUACCAGCAGGCCAGUAGAGUUACUGUUGAUAAAAUUGACAGGUGAGAGACUCAUAGAAUUUGAGGGUGGGAAAUACUACAUAGAAGAUCAUGAAUACAGGCAGACUGGUGUGCUGAGUUCAAAUAAAUGACACAAAUGGCACUCACACAGAAACACUGAUGUAAGGUCAUUUGUCUAGGAACAAAAAUGGUAGUCCUGCUCUGGGCAUAGAAUCAUAGAAUCGCUCCGGUUGGAAAAGACCUUCAAGAUCAUCAAGUCCAACCUCAACCUAACCAUACUGCCCUAACUCCAACAACCCACCCCCUGAAACAAUGUUUCUAAAAAGCCUCCCAAGGUCAUUAGUAAGCUGAAGAUGUAGAGGUCACAGUGUCUUUUUGGCUAAUGAUAGAUAUGGGAAUACAAGGAGUGAAGAGGUUUUAUGAUCGGUGUUCUUAGCACUGGUGCAAGCACUAUGGGAAUAUUUCAGACAAUUCUUGUAUUCACAUGCUGUUAAGAACAUUGGGAAAUUAAACAAUUUGAGUGUCAUAAAUAUAUUUUUAAAAGCUUGUCAAAUAGAGUUUAUAAGUAGCUACUUCUGGGAAACAGAAGUUUGAGAGCAGAGGACUAAGUCAAGAGGAGAAGAAUCUGGUAAGAUCCCAUGGAGGUAGAUGCUAGGUAUGUAUAUACAGCAUAAAAAUAAAGGUGUGAAUUGGUGACAGUAACGGUCACUACCAAGGAGAACAUUUGCCAUGGCUUGGAAUGAACUCUCUGUCACCAAGUAUGUUCAGAUUGGAAAUAUUGCCAAAAAAGGUAUUGGAGCAGCUAUUGGAAUUCAGGGAUGCCUGGUGGCAUUAGUUUAGGAGUUGGUUAGCUUAGAUUAAAAUAGAGUACCUCUCUCGAUUGAAAUCUGUUAAUACUUUUCUGAAUCAUGGCGUGUACAUUUACACAUCAUGCAAUUAGGUGAGAAGACUUCAGAUCUUUUCCAAGUGUACAGAGCUCCCUUCCUUUCCCCAGAAGACAAGCAGUCUUUGACCUUGGCCAAGCCAUCAGAGGACCUUCCAAUCAUAUUUUCUUAGAGCUGGCAUGUUUUGCUCAAGUGAGCUGAUCAUUUAUGACACGGAAGUGCACAGUUUUGUUAAAAAUAGCUCCCUGAGGAGUAACCUUUAAUAGCCCAGUAAUCACUUCGCAGUUAAUGGCCACUCAGCUUCUAGGUGAAUGAGACUAAUUUUUGAACAUUACCACAGUUAGGCUAGCCCAGUAAUUAAGGUAAUCAGUUACAGACGGUCACUGUUGUUCAUCUGGUACUGUAUAUGUAACUUUCUGGAACUCACAGGAUGGAUUUUCACAAUGAAGACUCUAUUGCCAACAAUGGAUAUGCCAUGGUUUUCUUGUCCACUCACACUGGCAUAGUUUCAGUUUUGCAGUUACAGAUGGCAUCAGUUGACUUUGGCUGACAUGUUCAUUCUUCAGGAAAAAAAAAAUGAACCAAUGUUUAAAUUAUGUAUGAUAAUGUCAGCUGAGUACUUAUCUCAAUCUGUUAUCUCUUGUGGGUUUUGAAGCAGUACAGCAUACAGCUGGGGAACGAUGCCUGAAACCACUUUGAAUUAAACAGAGGAUCAGUCGACCAUUGCACAAUACCUAUUACCAUGUUUACUUAGCUUUAAUUUAACUGGGGUCCGUUUGUGCUGCACUGCUUAAUGUCAGUGAAAUUCCUUUCAGCUCGCUAUAUUUAAGAAGUUUGUAAAGUGAUUUGAGAAUCAAAAUAAUGUUAUAAUUCUAAAGACUAGUUAAAGAAAGCUUCUUUUAUCAAAACUUUUUUAGCUUGCAGGAAGUCCUAAAGGCUCUGUGUCUUAUUUUUAUAAGCAUGUUUGAAAUAUUUUGAUCAAAUAUUUUAAACUUGAAAUUGUUAAAAUUCAUUUAAUAGAUUUUAAAGUAAAAUUUGUAAAUAUAGAACUGUAUUUAUUAUUACAGUGAAAUGCAACUCCACUAUAGGACAUGAGAUUAAGCCCUGUACAGUUUCAUAUUGAUAUUUGCUAUAUUUUCUUGCUCAAAUAUAUUACUAAAUCCAUUAUCUGUAAAUAAUAUAAUGUAAAUGUGUAGUGAUUGUAAAUAGAUGAUGUGCUUUCUUUUCUACCAGUGUUCCAAACGUAUGUGAGUUGUAAUAAAAUGUGACUACACAGUAAA